AUGGCUACUUCCUCCACUACCUCUGAUUCUUCUUCUCCGUCUAUCCAAUCUCCCUCUCCGCAGUGCCUACUGAUUCCUUCCAAUCCCCAGCUCACUGUCAAAUUAACUCCCACCAAUUACUUGCUAUGGCGUGCUCAGAUUCACCCUCUGCUUCAAUGUAACCGGCUCAUCGGGCACAUCGAUGGCACUCUUCCUUCUCCUCCAUUGACUGUCGAGAGUCAACCCAAUCCAGCCUAUGCAACCUGGUACGAGAAUGAUCAGCUCGUUCUUGCCUGGAUUAAUCUCUCGCUGACGGAAGCCGUGAUGCCCACCAUUGUCAACAAGACUACUGCUCGUGAUGCCUGGGAUGCUCUCGCUACUGUCUACGCCUCAGGCUCUCCCGUCAUCAUUGGCCAGCUCCGCAAGAAUCUCCUUCGUCUCUCUUGCGGAAAUGAGACGAUUCAUGACUAUAUCCACCGCGUGAAGGCGAUCUAUGACAAGAUGCUUGCUCUCGGCGCUACUGUCACCGAACAAGAGUUGGUGAUUGCUCUCCUCGAUGGCCUCGACGAGGAUUAUCGUCCCUUCAUCCGCAACUUGGAAGCGCGCGUGGAGCCGAUCUCUUUUGAGAAUGUGAGCAGUCUCUUUCUUAGUGAGGAGAUGCAGCUGCAGAGAUUCCGAUCGGCCCCUGUGGACCGUGCGACACCGCAGACGUUUUAUUCUGCCCACGGGGGGCGCAAUGGCGGCCGCUUCACUCGCGGCAGAGGCUCUCGAUUUGCUGGUCGUGGGUUUUCUAACCCGGGCCAUUUUAUUAACCCUUCUUUUGCAGGUAGGCUAGGCCCAUUUCUGGUGGAUCACGACCCGCUUCUUCAGGCCUGCUGGGGGUUGGGCCUUCCAGCCCAUCCAUGA